AUGAAACUCAGGGUUGGUAGAAGAGAACGGAGUUUGACAAGUACGACGACGACGACGAGCUUCGGCCACAAUGUUUCCGCCGGAUCCCAAGGAAAACAGCUGCUUGUCCUAUUGUUCUUCAUUGGCUCGUUUUGCGUCUUCUCUUUGAUAGUUCCCGCAUCCGAACAUUUUACUUUGCCGGAAGACACUGCCUGCAUGCAACGGCUGCUCAAGAUGGAAGAGCAAUUCAAUCGACGACGUCAGAAUCGUAUAGAUGCCAUGUUUACAUUGAACACGACGAAACAUACGGAACGAUUUGAUGUCUUUGAGCCAGAGGCAAACUGUAUUUCAGACGAACGCUUUGGAUCUGAUAUUCGACACCUUGCCAUUGGAGAUGGGCCCAAGUUUGUCUGUGGCGUCGAUUUCAUUGGCAAUAAGAAUGCCAAAAAUCCAAAAGACGCCUGCUUGGUGUACUCCAUUGGCAGUAACAACCAUAUUGAGUUCGAGAAAGCAGUACAUGAUUUCCUUGGGUGCGAAACUCAUACAUUUGAUCCAACCUUGCGGCAAGCAUUCAAGGGAGGCGAGUAUUCCACAUUUCAUCCUUGGGGAAUCGGCGCGGAGGGGGAGUUGUAUCAACAUCGAAGACACAAGUUUGUGACCAAAAGUCUCCAAACCAUUGUAUCUGAACUUGGUCAUACCAAUAGAAUCAUUGAUAUAUUCAAAAUCGACUGUGAAGGCUGCGAGUACGAAGCCAUGCCUGCAUUCUUUGAUAUGAUUGCUUCCAAGCAGAUUCAUGUCAAUCAAAUACAAAUUGAAUUGCAUCUUCAAUCAUAUGACUUGGUUUCAAAGCUAUUCAUGGCGGCUGACAGGGCAGGAAUGAGAAUCUUUCACAAAGAACGCAACGGUUGGGGUUGCGGUGGUCAUCGAUGCCUAGAAUACUCCUUUGUAAGUGAGUCAUUUCUUAGAAAGGUGAAUGGAGCAUUAUUGUGUGGCGAAACUUCCACCGCCUAA